CAAUUAACGCUUUCGAUUCAACCGCAUUCAGGUAUUGUACAGCUGAUGCAGUGCCAAUAUCAACGAGGAUGUCUCUACAGAUUGAAGGCGCUUGGCAAACGGCAUUCUAUGGACAUAACCCUUGAGGGCUUUCAUUCGUGGAUGUUUCGCGGGUUGACGUUCCUGCUCCCAUUUCUGGUUAUGGGCUACGCUUUUCAACUCUACAACACCUACGUUCUGAUAAAGAUUUAUAAUACUUACUCUUGCGUGGAGUGGCAGACCUUGGCAUUGGCUGCCGUUUUCGCUUUAGUGGCCGUGGGCAACAGUGUCACGACGGCCCAGGUCUGUUACCACAAAUUUCGUGAGGAAAGGGUUGCUUCGGCGCAAGAGAAGAUCAAACGAUAUUUUCAAAUGAACAACAACGGCGAUGAGCUCAAAAAAGAAUAG